AUGGAUAUUUAUUUUAAUUCUGUCGAUACUGUUGAAUACUUAUCAUGUGGCAAAUGUCAUUUCACUAAUAAAUAUUACUGUAAUUCAGAUUUAAUACUUUUUGAAAAUCAGAGAGGCAAUGUUGGUUUUGACUCGUUAUCACUAUUAUCAGUGUUCUCACGGCGAUGUAAAUGUGAAUCAAAUUGGAAAUUAAAUUUUUGUGAAAAUUUUUUGAAGCAUAAGAAAAACCAAUUCGACAAAUCAAAGUUACCAAAUAUUUGUAUUUGCAGGCAAAUUUAUGAUGGAGAAAACUGUCAGCAAUUCAUAACUCAGUGCUACGCUACAAAAAUUCACUCUAAAGAUAAAUGUUUUUGUUGUUUUAAUCAACCAUGGCCGUAUUGUAAUCAAAUACAGUGCAAUAAUGGGCAACCAGAUUUUGGCUCCAGUUCAAAUGUAACAUGUAUCUGCCAUCAGCCCGCUUUAUAUCCAUAUUAUUUGUGUAAAGAUGAAAUGAACUCAAAUUACGAUUCAGCCUAUCAGCCGCAUUUAAAUUUGGCACAUACUGAAACAGUUGUUUCGAAACAGAAGAAAAAAGCAAUAAGCUUUGAAAAAGCUUUAUCGAUAUUAAAUGUUGAAUUAACUCCAUUUGUGGCUUGCGUAUUUUUAUUGUCAUUGUUAAGCAUCGUCAUAAUUAUUACCGUUUUGUUAAUAAUCAUUAGAAGUUAUCGAUUUCAUCGGAUAACUCAACGACGAAGGAGAUUAAGACGUGAGGCUCAGUCUACGUUAUUGAAUCGACGAAGAGACGAUGACGACAGAUACCUUCCAUGA